GUUUGUCUCUUUAUCCUUUGCCUCAUCCACGGGAGAAGGGAGGAAAAAAAGCUAUAAGCAAUCAGCUCGCCUGCUUCUUUUUCCUUUUUUGUUUCCCCCUCCUGCUCCCUUCCUGUUGCCAAGGGGGGUUAAAAUCCCCUUCUGGAAGGAGCUUUUCUAGGUCCAUGCAUGGACGGCAGCAAAUUGGGAGAGGUGAGCAGCCGGCAGAAGAUGUGAGAGCUGGAAGGGCCGUGCUGUGGGAGUGGUCCUCGCUUUGUGUGCAGGCGAGGCAGUGAGUGUGCAGCCUCCCACUCUGGGUGCAUCUUUUUUUGGAUGCUGUGCAGUUCCCUGUGUGAAAUGCUUUUUUGGUUAAAAGAGGAAGAGAUGUCACAUCAGGAGCUCACCCAGCGACUGACUACGGUUAUCACCCAUGUGGAUGAAAUCAUGCAGCAGGAGAUACGGCCGCUGGUUGCAGUGGAUAUAAUAGAGCAACUGCACAGGCAAUUUGCUAUCUUGUCAGGAGGACGAGGGAAGGAUGGGGCACCAAUUAUAACCUUUCCAGAAUUUGCAGGGUUCAGUGACAUACCUGAUGAAGAUUUUCUGAACGUGGUCACAUAUCUAACCAGCAUUCCCAGUCUGGAGGCUGCCAGCAUCGGAUUCAUCAUCAUCAUAGACAGACGACGGGACAAAUGGAGCGCAGUCAAGGCAUCCCUGACACGGAUAGCAGGAGCAUUUCCAGGAAAUCUGCAGCUAGUGUUUGUCCUGAGACCCUCCCGCUUUAUCCAAAGGACAAUCGCUGACAUUGGCAUUAAACUCUAUCGAGAUGACUUUAAAAUGAAGGUACCGAUCAUCAUGUUAAAUUCUGUCUCUGAUCUGCAUGGCUAUAUUGACAAAAGUCAGCUGACCCGGGAGCUGGGAGGAACCCUGGAGUAUGGCCACAGUCAGUGGAUACACCACCGAACAGCUAUUGAAAACUUUGCAAUGACAGUAAAAACAACAGCACAGAUGCUACAGACUUUUGGAACAGACCUAGCAGAGACUGAACUUCCCAACGAUGUGCAGUGCACAGAGGAGCUCCUCUCUGCGCACACUGACCACCACAGCAAGCUGAAGGAUGAGCUGAAACUAGCUGUGAAGCAGGGAGCCACCCUACUGACAUGCAUUAGGGAGCCAGUCACCCGAAGCGCCAACAGCAAACUCAGUUCAGAUGAACUGGAAAAUGUGGCAACAGUAGAAAGGUUGUUAGCUCAGUUGGAUGAAACAGAAAAGGCUUUUGAUCAAUUUUGGACCAAGCAUCACCUAAAACUAGAACAAUGCCUGCAGCUUCGACACUUUGAACAUGACUUUAGAGAGGUAAAACUGACAUUGGAUAAUCUCAUGGAAGUACAAGCAGGUUUUGCUGACAUUGGAGACAGCGUGACUCGAGUGGAGCACCUCCUAAGGGAACAGAAACAACUGGAAGAGAAAGGACAGGAACCUUUGGAGAAGGCCCAGUCUCUAGCUCUCCAUGGAGAACAGCUCAUCCAGAACAACCAUUAUGCAGUCGACUCCAUUAGACCAAAGUGUGUUGAACUCAGGCGUAUUUGUGAUGACUUUACCAAUGAGACCAAGAAAAAGUAUGAUAUUUUGGGAAAGUCUCUUGAGCUGCAUAAGCAGUUAGAUAAGGCAAGCCAAUGGUGUGAAGCUGGAAUCUACCUCUUAGCUUCCCAAGCUGUGGACAAGUGCCAGUCACAAGAGGGAGCUGAAACUGCACUCGUUGAAAUUGAAAAGUUCUUGGUAACAGCUAAGGAACACCAGCUCUCUAACCCGAAGGAGUUCUACAAUCAGUUUGACAUGAUCCUCACCCCCGAAAUAAAGGCCAACGCCCAAAGAAUUCUACAAAAACUAGAAGAUGUACAAGAAAUGUUUGACAAAAGACAAGUAAGUCUGAAGAAGCUGGCAGCCAAACAGACCCGGCCAGUACAACCUGUUGCCCCACAUCCUGAAUCUUCCCCAAAGCGAGCAUCACCAAAGAUUACCAGACCAGCAGGAGUAGCUACCAACAGGAGGUCCACAGAAAUUUCCUGCCCUCCAAAGACCAUUUCUGAAGUAGAGUUAUCAAAAAAGAAAAACAUUAAGAAGAAUAAAGGUGGAAUUAAGAUUGAAGUGAUGCAUGAAGCCAGUCAAGGAGGAUCUAGCAGAGUCCUUGUGAUGAGUGAAAGUGAUGAGAACUUGUCAACGAGGAGGAGCCACAUAAUCAAUGAGCUGAUAGAAACAGAACGAGUUUAUGUAGAAGAACUUCAAAGUAUAAUAGAGGGGUAUGCUUCAGAAAUGGACAAUCCCAAUUUAGUACAUCUGAUUCCAUCUGCACUCCAGAACAAGAAGGAAAUUCUUUUUGGGAAUCUCCCGGAAAUCUACGAAUUCCACAACAGGAUUUUCCUUAAGGAGAUAGAAAAUUGCAUUGAAAACCCUGAGCUUCUUGCCCGAUGCUUUUUGAAAAGAAAAGAGGACCUCCAAAUAUAUGAAAAAUACUGUCAGAACAAGCCAAGGUCCGAAGCUCUCUGGAGACAAUGUGGAGAUAGCAUCUUUUUUCAGGAAUGUCAGCGUAAAUUGGAUCAUAAGCUCUCUCUAGAUGCUUAUCUCUUAAAGCCAGUCCAGAGAAUCACCAAGUACCAGUUGCUGUUAAAGGAAAUGCUGAAAUGCAGCAAGAAUUCAGAGGGUACUGCUGAAUUGGAAGAAGCCCUGGCCACGAUGCUUGAUAUCAUCAAAUCAGUAAAUGACUCCAUGCACCAGAUAGCAAUCACAGGAUAUGAGGGUGAUGUUAGUGAGCUUGGGAAGCUGUUGAUGCAAGGUUCCUUCAAUGUGUGGACUGACCACAAGAAGGGACACAACAAGGUGAAGGACUUGGCUAGAUUCAAACCGAUGCAGAGACACCUCUUCCUCUAUACAAAGAUGCUACUUUUCUGCAAGAAACGGGAGGAGAACACAGAUGGCCAUGAGAAGACAGCUUCAUACAGCUUCAAAAAUUCAUUAAAGAUGAGCACGGUGGGCAUUACAGAAAAUGUAAAAGGGGAUAACAAGAAGUUUGAGAUCUGGUAUAAUGGCAGAGAAGAAGUCUACAUAAUUCAGGCAUCUUCUGUUGAGCUGAAAAACACCUGGAUUUCAGAGAUUCGCAAAGUCCUGACAGGACAACUGGAAGCAUGUAGAGAAGCAAGUCAACUUCACCAAAGAAUCACUGAAAGUGUAUACCAUGCACCAAUGGAUUCCUCCAAUGCAAGCAGGUAUAGCAGGAAGUCAUCAAGUAUAUAUGAAAACAAAUCUGAGACAUCAAAUGUGGAAGCAUCUAACAAUAAAAACAGGAAUUCCAGUCCCAGCACAAGACAAAAGAGAGUUGAUGCUUCCACCAGCCUUAACCUUGAGCGCACAGCGCUUGCUAGAAAGCGAUUCACAUUGCAAGGUCUUUCCAACCGCAGAGCUCCACCCAAAGAUCCAGAAUCUAAGGAAAGAGAAGUUACCCGUCGCUUUUCCCUAGCUUCCUCCAUCAGCACCACAGUUAAUGCUUCUGCUGUGACCAAAGGUCCCCUUGUUCCUGCAGUUAAAGUCAAGAGACAUGAAAUAAAGAGUGACCCAACUCCCCUGGGGUUUGAAGAUGCUUUUGAGAACACCAUAUUGGCCCAGACUAAAUGUAAUACCGGUUCCAACAUGAGACCCGUACCUAAUCUGCCUUCACAGACAGGUUGGCCCAGCAGGCAAAUGCCGUCUCUAGACACAUUUGAGGAUUUUGAAGCCAUCCCCUCCAGCACAGAUGAACUUUCCAACUCUUCUGACUUGGAGGAAGAGACCAACCCUAACAAUGGGACCAAUCUUUUUCGGGUAGAAGGCAGUUUUGACAGCUGUUUCCCGGAUUCUUUUACACUCGAGGAUGGAGAUUUAGUGCAGUUUGUGCAGGAAGGAGAGAAUGGUCAAUGGUUAGUGAAGAAACUCGUCUCGGAGAAAAGUGACUGGGUUCCUGCCAGUAUAUUGCAGCCAGCAGAGGGGGACAGUAACAACAUAAUUAAGAACAGCAAUGCAGACAUGUACAAUGAUUCCUGCAGUACAGCCUCAGUAGAGUCAGACACCAAGGAGAGCGAGGUGGCCAAAAGCUUCCCAGCAGAACAGAGGGCUGGCAGCUGAACAGCAGGACCAGCCUUCCUCAGGACCUCGUCCAUCUCUCUUUAAUUUUGGGUGGACACUGGAUCAAAGUUGCCUUUCUCGCAAGCUCUGAGGUUCAUCAUUCACUAAAACGUUAUCGGCAUGAACAGAUGAGAACUGUGCUGUCCACCUGGCAAGCUGGGAAACACAACCUUAAAAUGAGCAUUAAACAUCCAAAAAGGAUCAAAACCCAUUCUCAGUAUUAGAGGAGAAAAAUCUUUCUCACAUUGAUUAUCAAACUGUUUCAGAAGAUGUGGCCUAAAUUAGGUCAACAGCAGAGCUGAAGAGUUACUAUGCACGCACCUUUUGGCAACUUCGCUUGAACACCAAGUUAUGCAGAGGGGCACAUGCAUGGUGAUGAGUUCUUGCUCUACCAUGGGGUCGCCUGGUGGUUUUUCUAUUUGCUGGCCUCUGGCUGUGCCUUCCCCAUCCUCCUUAAUUCCAGCUGAUACAUCACAAAUGUGCCCUUUUUGCUGAUGGUCAACACCAAAACCAUCCGAUUUUAGGGUGGUUGUGUAAGGAAACUUCUGACUUGGACCAUCAGAGAGGUUUCGUGCAGCAAUGAUAUGACUACUUCUGGAACGGCACAGCAAAUGACCUGCUGCAUAGAGAAUCGUGUUGGAUUGAUACAAAUAGCAACUCCUGGCUAUGAGAUCGAGGUGCAGGGCUUAGGGAAGCAAAGAUGUGUAACAGCUACUGUGACAAAGAACAUUUUGAACUCUUUACAAUAUGUCAUUCCCCUCUCCCCUCUGCAGUCUGUGAUUGCUGGAUCACAAUCCUUUGCAUUUGGUGCCGAGAAUUCAAUUGAAUGCCAUUUUAUGUCAUAUGUUUGAGUAGACUGCAUGCUUUCUUUGUGCGCUGCGCUAUGGAGUAGAUACGUUUCAUCCCCCAUUUGGAAUACACUUAAGCAUUGCAAAUAGGCAGUGAGCAUUAGAUGCUCCAGUGAGUGGAUAGAUUGUUGUUGUUAAAUACUUCUUUCCAGGACAUUUGAUUAAAGGACUACCAAAUCUCUGCCACAUAAGGCUGUAAUGUAUAAUAUAAAAUGAUCACAGAUGUUAUAUUAUUCUUCUAUAAGCCAUUAGCUCAUUUAGAGCAGCUGUUAAAGCAUGAAGGGAUUUUGAUGGUAAUUGGGUCUUAGGUCCCACAAAAGCUGCUAAUACUUUAGUAAAGAUAAGUAUUGACUCAGAGUUGUAUACAGGCAAAAAUCAGCCUGGUAAAAAUUACCCUAGAAGGUCAAGAGUGAGUGAUUGGCUUUCACUAUUAGUUAUUUUUGGUUUAACACUGAGACUAGUGGUGCUCUAUGUAAAUAACAAAGGGGACGAAAGCGCUAAAAAUAGAGAUGACGCAAAACCAAAACCCACUCUUCAGUAUCUGAGCCUCUGAGCAAAUAGUAGGAGUCAGUAUCAUUACUAUUAUUUUUGCAGGGACCUGAAUGUUUUUCCCUGUGUCUCUGUGGAGGCUGGCAUUGCAAAUAUCUUAGUGUAUGAGGUCAGGAUAGCUGUGAAGAAGGUAGAUAGUCCCAUCCAAGAAAAAGCCUUAGAGUAGGUAAAAGGUUUAUUCAGAUUUUGUUUGCCUGUGAAGUCUUAUUGGUUAAUUAUUAGUUGUACUGUGGUGGUGAAUUCCCAUGGUGCUUCUAACCCUUAAUAUCUAAACUCUGUGAUUUCUGACAUUGUUUUUCAUGACUGAAGGACUUGAGAGUUCUGUACCUUUUUGGAAGCUAAUUUUGUCCUACAGAUGUAAGAUCUUGUCUGUUUUGUGCUGGUUAUUUACCUUAAAAAUGACAUGUAGCCUCUCAGGAACAUCAAUCCUAUUAGUCUACUGUAGUCAUGAACAUCUUGAGGGAAGAAUUGAUUCCUUUCAGUCCCCUAAGGAAAUAUGCAGUGAUGUUUUCUUGCAGUGCAAUUACUUUAUCAUCUCCCCAAAAUGAGUUCAUUUUGGUUUCUGUAUUACUUUGUGUAUUUUUUGCAUGGCCUGAUAACAGUGCUUCUGUCUACACCUGCCCUAAGCAUAGAAGAGGAAAGGGGUAGAGCUUUGAUUGCACAUUGAUAAAAUAUAGUAAGCUUGUGUAUGUGUGUGAGAGAGAAAGAUAGGGGAAGGGUUACCAUGGGUAUAUGAAACUGCCAAAACUAGGAUUUGUAACAUUGCUGACAAACAGAAGGAUGCAAACCUGCACUUUGGAGUUUUUUUACAGGAAUCUCAUUCUAAUGGUGUGAAAUGGCAGUGGGAAGGCUCUGUUUGAACAGGAAAUGGAAAAUCAGGUAUUGUCGGUCCAUUUCCUACCUCUGCUGUGUGCAGGGUGACAGUGUGCUAGUCCUGUAUCCCUGGUGCCUCAAUAUCUUCCUAAAACUGGAAAAAAAUUGGAGCUAUUGGAUUUCCCCUGUGGUGAAUUAUGAUGCUAAAUUUUAGCAUGUGUUUGAAAAUUGGGGACCCUCCAGGGGAAAGCAAAGCAUUCAACCUCAUAUGUCCUGCUGUACCCUCCAUGAGUGUCAGUAGUGGCAUCCUGUGAGGCAGCCUAGAGCUCGAACAGGGAAGAUGAUUGCUACAGAAGUGUAUCCUGUCACCCAACUCACCAUGUCGUCAUGUCAACUGCAAAGGUAUGGGCUGGAUUAUAACAAUUUUCCUCCCUGCUUUGCGCUUGAAAACAGUUUGGGGUUUGGCUUUAAUUUUGGGGGGGGUUGUUUGUUUUUUUUUGGUUUUGGGGGGGGGUGUUGGUUUUUUCUUAUUUUUUUUUCCACCUCCCAAAAUCUUGUGUUUUAUCCUGUUGGACCAAAGUUUGAGUCACUUCUGCACCAUGAAUAUCCUGAUGAUGACAAGUAACUCACUGCUCUAUGGCUGUGGGCAGCAGUGGCACAGCAGUCUGGCUCUCAGUGGUCUUUGGUAGCUGGUUGUAUCACAGCUAUCCUUGGACACUGCUGAACCUGAGCAGGGAGCCCACAACCACUAGUUGUGUCUUUAACCUUCCUGCAGUGCCAGUGAGCCAAGGGCUGUUUCUGCCUGUUUGUGUCUCCACGUUCCAAGCCCAGACGAUACUGCAACCAAGGCAGCUGCUGCUGGGGAGAAACCAGAGCCCUUUGCCUGGCUGAUACCUGUGGUGCAGAUGUCAGUGAGACAGUGUCACACUGCUGGCUUUGCGUUUUUAAAGAAUGAAGUUCGAUGACAGAUCAGGCUGCUGGCAAGUCUGAGAACAGCCAACAAAAAGUAACCUUCUGGCUUCGCUGAAGAGACAAAACAGGGUUUGAUUUUUUUUUUUUCCUUUUAAAUUAGUAGAUGGGAUAGUCUUUUAAUUACUGUAUUUCUGUCAAGCAAGGUGAUAAUUAAGGGAAUGACUCUCCAUGUACCGUCUAGAAUAUGAUUUGGUGAUGUCUAGCAAGACUAAUGUGUACUUUAUUCUAUAUGUAGGUCUUUGACACCAUAAUUUUUAGGUAGAUAGACCUAAAAAUCAUAGUUUUCAAAUGUGGAUUUCAUUUCAGUGUUGUUUGUAGAAGAUAGAGUGAACAGAAAGUCAUUUAAAAGUAAUGGUUGCCACUAAGUUUCAGUUGUAGAAGAGACAAGGUCCAAGGUGUAUCUCUGCUGUAGCAGCACUCAUGGUUGAGCAUUGUUCCCUUGCUGCUUGACCCCUGAGUCCGUGCCUGCUGCCUGGCUGUUCUCUCUGGGUCGGACUAGCGAGACCUGCCCUCUUGGCUGAGGUUUUGACUUGGAUUUCCUUCCUCUGCUCUGCUGCCAUCUUCUGUGAAACUUUUAAAACUUCACAACCUCAAAACUCUGCUCAGCUGGGUGUAGACUCCUUCCUUACAGACGGUAAUGACAAACAGGUAGAUGGGCAGCUGCCGUGAUACACAGGUCUUGCUUUUAGUAAGCCACGCUAAACUCUAAUGAGGCCUGACCCUCUCUUCCUCUCACGUCUAACCCCACUGCGUGGAGAAUCAGACCAAUGGUCAUUGUCUUGAUCCUAAAUGGCUGUGGCCAAACCACAUCUGAACACUGGCUUUUCUUGCCAGUGACAGCAAAGCUGUGCGUGUGUCUUAUAUUCUGGUUGUGUAUGUGAUGGAAAGCCAUUUUAUUAUUCAUAAUUUUCUUAGACUCUUGAGAUUUCAAACAGGAUUGGGUGUGAGGAAGGCCAUGUGCUUCCUUUCCAAAAAUACUCAGACUUCAAAUAUAUAUAUGAUUAGAAAUAUAUAAUAAUAAUAAAAAAAGAGCCAAAUUGUCUAUUUCUUGUUGCAGCUCGAGCUGAAAUAGCUGCUAAGAUUUCUUCUCCUCAGCUAAGUGUUUUUUUCUUACAUCUUUUCAUGCUGUUGAUAAUGAUGUAUUUGUAUAUUGUGACCGAUGAGAGAUAAUCAGACAGGGAAAGAGCACAGAAUAACCUGUCCUUUUUCCCAGUCAAGACAGAAUGUAUGAGUUUAUUACAAGAAAAAAUUGUGCAAAUGAACUUCCUGUAAUUAGGCCAUUCUGACCUGUGUAGAACCACAGUUUGUUUGAAAUUUAUAAAAAUUAUAACUAGCACAAAACGUUG